GCCUGGACGGGGACUGAAGAAAGCCUCAGUAAGGGGGAAGAUGGUCAGUCAGAACAUGUGCACUGGGAAGACAGCUGCUCUUAUUGCCCUUGGAGCAGGUGCAUCGCUUUUCUUCCGAGGAGGCAAAGAGCAGAUUGACCAAGCAGACAUCGAGUCCCCGAUAUGGGGAGAAAGAUAUUUUCUAAACCGGGCAGUGCUCUGCCUCACCGCCGGAGUUUCCCUCUUCGCCUUGGGCUGGCUCUACAAACUUCUCUUCUGCCCCUUGGAGCUGCUGAAAGCUCCCGAUGAGGUGGGAUACAUCGCCGAGGACGGUCGCUCCAGAGCCCGGGCUGCAAACGAGGUGCGCCGCAGGCGGAAAGUCGGAGAUCUGCCUCCGGUUUAUCCGAACGGCUGGUUCCGAGUGCUGGACUCACACCUGUUGGAGAGGGGCGAGGUCAAAAACGUCACUGUUGUAGGGGAGCAGGUGGCAGUGUUUCGGGGCCAGGAUGGGAAGGCCUACGUGUUGGAUGCCUACUGUCCUCACCUGGGUGCAAACCUGGCCAUGGGAGGACGAGUGGUGGGAAGCUGCAUAGAGUGCCCCUUUCAUGGAUGGCAGUUUGAUGGGAACAAUGGAAAGUGUGUGAAGAUCCCCUAUGCAGAAAAAGUGCCAGAGUUUGCCGAAGUGCGCAGCUGGCCCAGCAGUGAGGUCAACGGCCAGAUCCUGGUUUGGUUUCACUGUGACAGAGUUGAACCUCAGUGGACCGUCCCCGAGCUGCAGGAAAUCACACAGGGCGACUGGGUGUAUCGGGGGAGAACUGAACAUCUCAUCAAUGCUCACAUACAGGAAAUUCCUGAAAAUGCAGCAGACAUCGCUCACCUUAAUUUCCUGCAUACGCCAGGUAUUGUCAGUGGAGUAGAUCUGCGUUACACCAAAAGUAAGACCUGGGAGUUUUUACAGCAUGACUGGAAGGCCCAAUGGGAACCAGAGUCAGAGCCCAACAAGCAUUGUUCUAAGAUGUUGUUGAAACAUGCCAUCACUGUGUUUGGACGCCACUGCUCUCUGCUGGAUGUCAAUGUUGUGGCCAGACAGGUGGGUCCAGGAGUGGUGUUUCUGCAGUUUGAGCACAAUUUCCUGGGCCGGGGUGUCAUCCUGCACUGUGUGACUCCAGUGGAGCCUCUGCUUCAGUGUGUCUCUCACAUCAUCUUCUACCAGUCCAACAUCCCAGCUAUAGUGCCAAAGUUCAUCCUCAGAGCAGAGUGCACUCAGUUUGAGCGAGACGUGAUGAUCUGGAACAAUAAGAAGUACAUCUCCAAGCCUCUCCUGGUGAAGGAGGACUCAGCCAUCCAGAAGCACAGGCGCUGGUACAGUCAGUUUUACAGCAAGAACAGCCCGCGGCUGCAGCACCAGCGCGACACUUUGGACUUUUGACCUCACUGAACUACAGGAGGAGAGAUCAGCAGGAGCGACGUCAGGUCAGGGCUGACAUUAAUCAUCAGUCUCAGAGGGGAGAUUUGUAUCCCUCGCGCAUAAUGAAUUCAAGGACGAGAGGACACCUGAUUCGUUGUCAGAUAGGGCAGGGUGCUCUCUCUCUUCAUUUUUUAAUUCUUCGUUCCAUAAGUAAUAUUACUUAACAGCCCUAUAUAUGCAAGUGCCGAUUGGAUUCGUGAAACUAUGUGUGUUGAUUCAGCUCAGAAAUGUGAGAGCUGAAGGAAACCCACCUAAAAUUUAAAGCAAACUUUACUAGAGCACUACAACUCCAUUGUUGUAACGCCAACUACGCAAAAGAAAAUCAAAGCUCUGCAGAAUGUGAUCAAAUAUGUACACUGUGACUCUUAUAUAACCAGUCACCAGUAACCAGCCGAUUUUGUUUUCUGUCAGUUUGAUGUUUGGUUCAUCACCUGGCUCUAGUUUUGAGUUCAGUCAAAAGGCUUCAUCUCUCAGUCCCGCAAUCUGGUGUCGGCUACUUUUUCUCUUCUACAUUAGAAAAUAUGAACCUGAUCUUUGAAAUUACAAGUUUGAAUUUUACUUUGUGAUCUCCCUGAGCUUGUCACUCUACGUGUGUGUGUGUUUUUGUUUUAAGUUUGACAUCUCAGGUUUAUUAAUAGCCAGCUGACAGUGAUUUUCUAGCCACGGUAAUGUGCAGUGACAAUUUAAAGGACCACAUCACCAUUAUUUUCAGGUUUAUUUUUUGCUAAAUGUUGUCAUAGUAUGACUAGAAUUGGCAUGAUUUUUAGUUAUUACCUUUAAAGUAGAGCCCGACCCAUAUCAAGCGACUAUCGGCUAAUUUGAUCGCAAAUAUGCGCCGAUAUUACUAGAUUUAUUCACUGGUCAAAAAUCAUUUCAUUUGAGAUUCAUUGUAUUAAACUUUUUCACCAGCAGAGGGUGCUAUAUGGAUUACAACAAGCAUCAUCACUCUCUAGGUGUCAAGCGGCAGUUAUCUUCCAGUUGAGUGACCAUCUCGUCUACGUUAUACUUUAUAUCUUUUCCACAAGUGUUUGAUAACUGCAUUGAGGGGGGGGUUUAAUUAAUGCAUUAAAUGUGAAUAUCGGUAUAGAUAUCUAUAUAUGCUGAUAUAUCGGUAAUGGAUGUCAUUCCCUCCCCAACGUCGAUAUUGGUAUUGUCCCCAAAAUCUCGUAUUGGUCAGGACCUACUUUAAAGAUCACAUAUUAUGCUAAAUACACUUUACCAUGGUUUCUGAACACUAAUAUGUGUCCCUAGUCUGUCUACAAACCCCCCAAUUAUGAGAAAAGGCCAUCCUGUUUAUCUCUUGGUGGGGGGGGGGAAAUCACAUGUGACGUUGAAAACUGUUUUAAGCUAGUAGAGAAGCAAUAUCCUGAAACCAACAAAAAAUAAAGUGAAUUCUCUAAAACAGGCACUUACUUUAGUUAGUGAGUAAAGGCAAAAGUUAUCUAACACAUUAAUGUAGGUCGAUAUUCACUUUUUCCAAUCGCUCUCUGCCGACUCAAGAGAAAAAUGAACUGGCUGCUUUGCUGCCAAACUCUCCAUUGUGUUCAUUAUCAGCAAGUCUCACUAAGUAAAGCAAGGGUCAAAACAUUGAGACCCAAAAUAAAGAGGGAUGUCACGCAGAUUGAAAAGUUUGAACCUAGAGCUUUAUUUAUAUACAUAUCCAAAAUAUUUAAAAGAUAAAGAAUAAACUAGAUAAAACAAAAGUGACUGGAGACCCCGACCAACAAGAACAAAAGAUGGGAAGUUGCUGAGCCAUUCCAACGUGUUGUCGCUCUGUGUGGAAAAAAAUAAAAAUACCUUGAGGAAAAGGAGUAAAAGUUGGAAGGGGAUACAAAAGCCGCUCACCACAUGCUUCCCUUCCUGCUCCUCUAAGUGCCCCCGUCCUCCCUGAGUGUUGUUCAGCAGGCAGAGGGAGGAAGAGAACGAGGGAAAGAGACACGUUACAGUCUCUAUGUUUGCACUGCAGGCAAAGGUGACCCAAAUCAAAUUUUGUAUGCUCAUAUGCGAUCAGUUUUUUUUUAAUGACAGUUUGAACAGUGUGGAUGUAGCAGCCGUUCUCAUCUGCUCAUAGAUUCCACUGAACAUCCAUUUCCGCAUGAAAUCGUAAACCACAGGAUUCUGAUACAGGCCACAAAAAUAACCUGAACAGCCAAGCAAAAGAAAAUGGAUCUGAGUCAUGAAUCCAGAUUUAUCAUUGAGGCUUGCAGUGUGAAUGUAGUCGAACUCUUUUUGCCUCUGCUGUGGUGAUAGUGGCUACAUAAAGUCAGAUUUUAGAGUUUGUCUGCUAAAAACACCAUAAGGGGGAUACGAAUGUAACUUCUUUCAGAUGCAAGUAUCCUUAUAUAACCACUGAUAUUAUACAAUUAUUGGUCACAGCUACUUAAAAGCACAGACAGGAUAUGGAUCUUCUUAUCUCAUCAUUAAAAAAAGAGGAGAUUUGCCUUUUUCCCAUAGUGUUUUUUUUUUGUUCAGCCAUGCUGGAGCACACAGUUAUUUGUCAUUUUUUAAAUCUGGAACAUGGCGACAAUAAAGUGUUUGAAUAUUAAAAGAUUAUGAUCAUAUACCUCUGAUACGACAUGAAAGGAAAUGAUUGACACAGAUUGAAUAGCAUUAAAACACUAAAUGACCAUUUGAAUAAUAAAUUGCAUAAUUUUUGCAAUUAUGCGACAAUUUAAAAAUAAACCUAUAUGUAUAGGUAUAAAUAUAUAAAUAAAUGUAUAUUUGGACAUUUCAGAAUUGUGUGGCUGUAAAAUGAAAAGUGUUAAUUUUGAUACUCAUUUAUUAAAAUAAAAAAUGUGUUCCUGUCACUGCUCUAUUAGAUUUGCUCAUGAGACAGCAUCCAGUAGUUAUACAUGCAUUUUGAUUUUGUUUGUUUAUUCCUGGUGCACAAUGUUGAAACGCCUGAACAUUUUUGAUCAUGUAAGACUAAAAAGCAUAAAAGCAGUGAUGUUCAGCCUGUGGUGAAGAGGUCGGUUAUGUGGGAUUACUUGGCAUUACAUACAUUUUCCAUUUGAUCAUCAGACAAACAUAGAAGAGAGAAGAAACACGUAUACACGGUAACGAUAACGCUCAAUGCCUUUUCAUAUAUCAGAUCAACACCUUUACUUCUGUUCCUGCUUAAUAAUAAAAUCUAUUUUUAUAAGA